UAACCACUGGGCCAGCUGAAUGUCAUAAAAUUCAUGGCAUGUGAGUUUUAGGGUCCGCCAUUAGUUCAAGGCCCACCCAUUCCCUGAUUUACAAAUUUUGAUCAUUGUAUCACCACUUAAUCAGUCAUGACUCACAGAACCGGUUCUCCUGCAGGUUGCAUAUCCCUUCCUUUACGAGGUUCCCUUCAUCACCCUCGCUACGCCAGGGAUGGACCCUCGUCACAGCGCCGUCUUAGGAAAUGUCUUAAACCCGGCCUACGUCUCUAAUCCCUUGUAUGACUUCCCAAAACCCAUGAGUAUGUGGCAUCGCUUAUGCAACACCCUGAUUCUCAUAGGAAUGGUGUUGUACUGGCGGAACUGGGCCAUUGUGCCACUUAUACAGAAAGAGAUUUCACCUCAGUUCCCGGAGCUGCCUUCGUUGCUGGACCUGGAGAGGAAUAUGAGUCUAGCACUGCUUAACACCCACUUCGCUAUUGACACACCACUGCCUCUCCUGCCCUCACAGGUGGAGGUGGGCGCCAUGCAUUGUCGCCCCGGCAACUCCCUGCCACAGGAACUGGAGUCGUGGAUCACAGGAGCAGGAUCUGCUGGCGUCAUCUACUUUAGUUUGGGGUCUUUCACUCGCGGCACCUCAAUGCCAACCCAAUAUCUUGACCUCUUCAUCCAGGCUUUCCGUAAGCUGCUGCAGCGAGUCAUCUGGAAAUACGAAGGAGAGCUGCAAGAUAUUUCUAACAACGUUAUGAUCAGCAAGUGGCUUCCUCAACAAGACAUUCUUGCUCACGACAACGUGAAGGUGUUCAUCACUCACUGUGGUCUCCUCAGCUUGCAAGAAUCAAUCUAUCACGCCACGCCACUCGUCGCUCUUCCAAUCUUCGGUGACCAGCCCAAGAAUGGCAUGUUUGUUAAGAAUUCUGGUCUGGGAGACUCUUUAGUGUGGGAAGAGCUGACUGUGGACAUGAUCGUUGACACUCUUACCAAAAUUACCAGCGAUCCCAAGUAUAAAGAAAAUGUAUUGAAGAUGUCAGUGCCGCUGCGGGAUCAGCCUGUACCGCCCACGGAACUGGCAGUGUUCUGGACGGAGUACGUCAUCCGUCACAAAGGUGCGCCUCAGCUGAGGUCACCAGCGGCACAGCUCUCCUGGGUGGAGUUCCUCAUGCUGGACGUGAUCUUCCUCCUCCACCUGACUGUCUUCAUCACCUUCUUUAUAUUACGUCGAAUACUAAGAGCCAUGUGUUCUAUAACUUUUGGUAGUGAAGAAAAAGCGAAGAAGAAGAAGAAGAAGAAAAACUAAGAAUACUCACUUAUAUAAGAAUUAGUAAGAUAUAUUCGCUAAAUGAGAAAAUCUUUCGUAAAUAGUAUUGUAGAUUUGUAUAUUGAGCAUGACUCACGAAAUCGUAAUAACAAGAUUGAAAGCAAAUCACGAAAUAGGUGAGGUUUGAACUCACGGCAAGUAAUCCUUAUGACUAAGUUUUAGGACUUGCCUUGGGUUCUGUCCCUACCAUUUCCGUGGUUUGUAUACUCAACAUUCAUUACCGACAAAAAAACUGCAAUACCCCCAGUUCUUCAGUUUUAAUAAAUCAUUCAACACAAAAAUUAAGUAAUGAAGAUAAAGCUGUAAUUAAAACUCAACUUAUAUGAGAGAAAAUACAGGUUGACUCACAGGCAGCCAGAUAAUUUUGUGAACAAAUUUUUAAUGAACAUUAGACCAUGUUUGGUAGUAGCAUUUUAUCUCCCUUUGAUAAUCUCGUUUAACUGUAUAUGUUUUUUCUCGGGUGUUCUUACUCUAGAAUCUCGUUUACCAUAUUUUCCAGCAUGUAAGGUAAACGAUCACAUAAGACAAUAUUUCCAAGCUGUUGUAAUGUAACGUUAGACAACAUCUGAACUGUAACCUUGAGACGCAGACUAAUUUUAAAGUCUUUUUGUGAGAAAAAAGCGCGCCUUAUAUGCCAGAAAAUACGGUAAUUAAACGUCAGUAUAACUUGUGAAGUAGAAGGCAAAAUGAUGCUGAUUGAUGUGGUAGUUCAAAUCUGUAUUUCCACAAUAUUUUGCUCAUAAGAGACAUCUUCUAAUACAUGACUGGAAAACGGGUCACUUGUGAAUGAAAUGCUGUUCGUAUAGAACCUUGCAUGUUGCAUGUUCUUGAAGUUGGUGAAGCGUUCAUAAACCGACGACAUAGAACUACCUCUUUAUCGAAUUAAGCUGCUGCUGCUUUUUCUUGUAUCGAUUAUGAACGUAAAUAAGCAUGUUUAUGGUGUAACUUGCAAUAUGAACAGACUGACUGAUGUUAAAGUGGUCAGGUUUAGCCUUCACUACGAGUACUUCUGAUAGUUUGGAAGUCACUCAGAUGAUGAUCAGACCAAAUGCAAAGUAUGUGGCCAGGCCUAUGGUCACUGUCUUGAACACUAUGUGCUUAAUUGUCCACUUAUUGAGGAAUAUAGAGAUAAUAUAAUAACCUAUGUAGCAUGUCGAGAUAUUUUAAUGAAAAUAAGAUACCAGAUAUAUUAAGCAAAUUUCCCAAAUUUGACUCACGAAAUCGUAAUGACACGAUUGCAAAUUUGCUUGUAACAGAUAAGUGAGCAGUAGUUAUAAAUCGAAGUAUACUGCUAUUAACCCUCUUUGGGCCUAGUUACUAAUAAUUUAAUAUAAUAAUAUCUUUAUUUACUACAAGUACAUGUACAAGGUAUACAGACAUCAGUGACAUACUACUAUAUAGAAAGCACCUUGUUAUGCUGAGAAUUUCUGGUAAAUUACGUCAGUUUUGUCCCAGGAUGCGACCAACGCCAGUCCACUAACACCCAGGUGCCCAUUUUACUGAUGGGUGAACAUAGACAACCAGUGUAAAGAAACAUGCCCAAUGUACCUACCCUCGCUGGGAAUCGAAUGCAGACCCUUGCCGUGUGAAGCGAGAGCCUUAGCUACCUGGCCAAGGGACACCGGGCCUUUUGUGUAUCCAUAUGCUCAUGGGUUACUAUACACACGAUGUAUAUGCUCCUGGGCUACCAUACACACGAUGCAUAUGCUCCUGGGCUACCAUACACAUGAUGUAUAUGCUCAUGGGCUACUAUACACACGAUGUAUAUGCUCCUGUGCUACCAUACACACGAUGUAUACGCUCCUGUGCUACCAUACACACGAUGUAUAUGUUCCUGGGCUACCAUACACACUAUGCAUAUGCUCCUGGGCUACUAUACACACGAUGUAUAUGCUCCUGUGCUACCAUACACACGAUGUAUAUGCUCCUGUGCUACCAUACACACGAUGUAUAUGCUUCUGUGCUACCAUACACAGGAUGUAUAUGCUCCUGGGAUACCAUACACACGAUGUAUAUGCUCCUGGGCUACUAUACACACGAUGUAUAUGGUCCUGAUUUAUAGACCCCCAAAGUUUGAUAGAGAGUGCAGUAAGCUGCUAUGGGACGAAAUUCACAAGGCGUCUAAUAUGAAAUGUUAAUUUAAAAAGAUUUUAACCUUAGACACAUUGAUUGGAACAAUAUGACAAGAAAUCUUGAGUCUAGUGAAUUUCUUGAUGAGGUUCAGGAUUGCUUUUUAAAUCAGUUAAUGACAGAAUUAACUAGAGGAAACAACCAGCUUGACUUGUUUCUUGCCAACAAAGAAUCACUAAAUAAUAAUCUUGAGAUUAAUGAUGAGCUUGGGGAAAGUGCUCACAAAUCACUUAGUUUCAAUAUAUCAUGGAAUUACCCAGAUGACUUCAAUCAAGUCUCUGUCCCAGACUUCCGCUUGGCCGAUUUCAUGGGACUGAGAAAUCACCUGGGAGGGCUAAAUUGGGAUGUCCUAACUAUGGGUCAGGUAGGUGAUCUUGGUUGCCAAUAUGACUUAUUUCAAAGCAUAGUUCUAGCUGCCCAGACAACUUUUGUUCCGAGUAGGGAAAUUAGAUCUUACAAAAAUGAUCCCAAAUGGAUAAAAAAUAGAUUAAAACAUCUCACUGGGCAAAAUAAAGACAUAUAUAGGCGUAUCAAAAGAGGGGAUGGGCAGUUAAGAAAGCAAUAUAUUCAAUUAAAGAGGGAUACAAAAAAAGGAAUAAGAAAAGCUAAAAGGGAUUAUGAGGCUAAAGUCACAAGGGAUUCGAAGACUAACCCAAAAUAUUUCUUUCAGGAAUACAGAAGUAAGAUUAGGGACAAGAUAGGCCCACUUAAGAGUAACUCAGGUCAGAUUACUGACAGGUAUAAGUAAAUGUAUGCACUUUAAAACACUUAAUUCCUCUCAUCUUUUACUCAGGGAGAUACUAACCAAAUUCCAGAAAUAAAUUAUGUAGAACAGGACGAUAAUAAACUAUGCACUAUUAGGGUAACUAGUGACAUGGUCCUCAGACAAAUAGAGAAAUUAAAACCUAAUUUCACCAAUAUUCAAAACACUAAACCUACUCACCAUACAAAACAUCCAUACUUAUUACUGCACCUUCUACAUUCAUAGAACACUUAAAGGCUGCCUAUCGUGUGAGUGAUUUAUGGAGCGGUGUGUUACUAUUUUAUUUCUUCCACAUUGUAGCCAUGAUUAUCUUCUCAGGUCAUCCGAUGCAGAUAUAAGAUAAGGGAGAAGUGAUCAGACAUGUCAGACGUCGCUACACCUCUCUACCUACACUGCCUCCCGCCCCCCUUCACACAUCACCGAACACCCAGUCAGCUACACACCAGCAUUCUUCAUGCUGUAAGUACACCAGUGUUCAUGGUGUAUCUUGACUGGCUACUUACUGGCUUCAACAGAACGGUAGUGGUCAGAGGGUAAGUCAACCUCUCCUCUGUAGAAUAUAUGAACGUGUUGAGGACACCGUCUACUGUUUAGCAACGACCAGCUGUGACCCUCCCUGCCCCAAUUAUCAUUGCUUUAAGUUCCAGAAUUAUUUAAAUUUAUGUACCUAGAACAUCCUCAUGGCAGCACUCUACACCACUUUAAUUUCUUGUGUACAUAUUAGCUUGGAAUCACUAAUUAUGCAUUUCAUUUUUCGUAAAGGAUUUAAAUGUUUAAUAUUUAACGAUGUUUAUUAUAAUAAAAUUAUUUAUCAUAUGUUAUUAUUGAAUUUUCUACCUUUCUUUCAAUAAGGAGAAACCAGCCUUGACAAAUACUCUCAGAAGGCUGACUGAACCUCCACAAUGUUCCUAAAGUCUGUUAUCCGAGAAAGGUAUCAAAGUAUUGAUAAGUAGGACACAAGUGCUACUAAUAUGACAUUUUAUUGUGGCAACGUUUCGCUCUCCAGACUUCAGCACCUCACUGUAUGUCAAGUGAUUAGUGGAGAGUGCAGCAUAAGUUUUUAAAGCAGUUAAAUAUUAGCACUGAACUCACAAAAUCGUAAUAACACGAUUGUAAACAAACCAUACCACGUAGAAAUACACCUAGUUGGAUGACACUUACUGAAGCUAGCUGGCCCAGUGGAUAACGCGACGGUCUGGAGUUUUGAGACUCUCUGAUUGCGGUUCAAACCCCACCCGUGGUAUGGCUUAUUAGCAAUGAAGAUUUAAAGAAAAUCAGAUUUGGUAAUCUUAAGUUAUCACAUGGACAAACAGAUGUUUUACAUAUAGAACAUGUAAAUUUAUAUCCAUUCUGUAAUAUGGUGACCAGAACUGUGCAGCAUAAUCUAAGUGGCCUAACCAAAGAUAUAUAGAGUUGAAGAACAACCUGAAGACUUCUUGAUAUGAAGCCAAGGAUUCUGUUACCUUUAUUGGUAACACUUAUGCAAUGUUGUCUUGAUUUCAGAUUACUACUAACCAGUACACCUAAAUCCUUUUCUCAAUCAGUAAUAUUAAGACCUACAUUAAUUAGUUUAUAUAUGUCAUGGUUAUUUUCCAGUCCAACAUUUAGAAAUAAAUAACAAAGGCACAAUACCGUGACUGGAAUAAUACACAAAUAACCCGCACGUAGAAGAGAGGAGCUUACGACAACGUUUCGGUCCGACUUGGACCAUUUACAAAGUCACACUUUGUAAACGGUCCAAGUCGGACCGAAACGUCGUAGUAAGCUCCUCUCUUCUAUGUGCGGGUUAUUUGGGUGUCAACAUUUAGAACUUUGCAUGUGUCUAUAUUAAACUGCAUCUGCCACUUCUCCGACCACUGCAUCGGUCUAUUUAAAUCAUCCUGGAGUGCUCUAAUGUCCUCAUUAGAAAGAUUUGGACGGCCUCUUUUUGUGUCAUCAGAAAAUUUUGCUCAUGUCGCUAUUUAUUCCCUCAUCUAUGUCGUUAAUGCAAAUUGUGAACAACAAGGGGCCCAACACUGACUCUUGUGGAACACCGCUUGUGACGUCCCCCCCAUUCUGAUUUAUUCCCAUUAAUACAUGCCUCUACUCAGGAACAAAAUUUCUCCUAUUCCGUGUGCCUUAAAGCAAUGAUGCUUGGGGCAGGGAGGGUCACAGCUGGUCGUUUCUAAACAGUAGACGGUGUCCUCAACACGUUCAUAUAUUCUACAGAGGAGAGGUUGGCUGAUCCUCUGACCACUACCGUACUGCUGAAGCCAGUAAGUAGCCAGUCAAGAUACAUCAUGAACACUGGUGUACUUACAGCUAGAAGAAUGCUGCUUGAAUGGUGUGUAGCUGAUUGGGUGUUCGGUGAUUUGUGAAGGGGGGGGGGGAGUCAGUGUAGGUAGAGAGGUGUAGCGACGUCUCUGAUAUAUGUCUGAUCACUUCUCCUUUAUCUUAUAUCUGC